UGAAAAGAGCAGCAAGAAACCUAAACAUCUUUCAGCUCUGAACCUUGCCGCUACCUACCUAGAGACAGAGACGAAGAAGAUGGGGAAAGUAUCAUACAUGAAGCUGAAAGGAAGCCAGAACUUGAGACUCCGUCUUUUACUAGCGACCCUUUCAUCCAAAUCGAUUGUUAUUGAGGAUAUUCGUUCUGAGGCUACUUGGCCUGGCCUUCGUCCUCACGAGGUCUCUUUCCUCCGCCUCCUUGAAAAAAUCUGCGAUGAUUGUGUCGUUGAAAUCAAUGAAACUGGAACAAAACUAAAGUAUAAACCAGGAAUUAUAAUGGGAGGAAGGCAUUUAGUUCAUGAUUGUGGUGUAAGUCGCUCCAUCGGCUACUUUUUGGAACCGUUGAUUGUGCUUGGUAUGUUUGGGAAGAAACCACUCACCAUUAGGCUCAAAGGGAUAACAAAUGAUUCGAAGGACCCAUCUAUUGAUACUUUUCGAUCAACUACUUUGCCUAUACUGAAGCAGUUCGGAGUCCCUGCAGAAGGAUUGGACCUGAAAAUUGAGAGUCGGGGAGUUGCUCCUAAAGGUGGUGGAGAAGUACUUCUUUCAGUUCCUAUGGUUCCGAAUAGUUUGAAAGCUAUUAAAUGGGUUGAUGAAGGUCUGGUGAAGAGAAUUAGAGGUGUUUCCUUUUCAACUAGGGUAUCUGUUCAGUUUGAGAAUACCAUUAUACAUGCUGCUCGAGGAAUCUUGAAUCCUUUUCUUUCAGAUGUUCACAUCUUUACAGAUCAUAAAGCUGGAGCACAAGCUGGAAUGUCACCUGGCUAUGGAAUUUCUCUAGUUGCAGAGACUACCUCUGGUUGUGUUAUAUCUGCUGAUACUACAGUUUCUUAUGCAAGAGGAGAAGAUGAUGCAGACUUAGAGGAUGAUAGGAAAGAUUUGAUCCCUGCUGAGGAAGUUGGCGAGCAAAUUGCUUCUGCACUACUUACGGAAAUUAAACAGGGGGGAGUAGUAGAUUCAACACAUCAGGGACUGCUGUUUCUUCUAUGUGCUUUGUGUCCAAAAGAUGUUUCAGAAGUUCGGGUUGGGAAGCUGUCACCCUAUGGAAUAGAAGCACUAAGGCACAUAAGAGACUUUUUGGAUGUUAAGUUUGUCAUGAAACCUGAUGCCUCGACGGGAACUGUCACUAUGAUGUGUCUUGGCUCUGGAUUUCAGAAUUUAUCCAGAAAAGUAUCAUGAUAAAGAUAUAGCAUAAUGUGGUGGAUUAGAGUGACAGUUUGGAUCGAAUGGCUUCAAUUCAUCAAUGGGUGGUUUUGACUUUAGAGUGAGAAUUCAAGCACGAUGUGUCACAGGCUCCAAUUUUGAUGUGGUCGCUAGUUGUAAUGAGUGUGUGCUGUGAAAAGCAAGCAUGAAAUUUUGCAAUGUAACCUUUAUUAAAUAUUAACAUUAAUAUUAAUCCUUCGGUCUCA